AUGUCGGACAAUAAUGAUAUCAUCAUAAUAGACGACGACGAUGAUGAAGAAGAUAUGGAUUUAGAUCGCAAUAAUAAUAUUCAACAUGAAUUGGAAGGAAUUGAAGAAAUGGAAGAUAUAAUAGAUGUCAGAUAUAACGGUCGAGAAUUGGAAUACAAAAUCGUUUGGAAAGAAUCUGAUGAUACAACUUGGGAAAAAGACACAUCGUUUAUUGGAGAACAAUCGAUUACUGAUUUGAUUAUUUUUAAAUUUGAAAAUUUGAACAAAAUCGGAGAUAUUUUGAGACGAAGUUUAGAAACAGAGGCAAUAAAAGCCAAAGAAAAUGAGCAAUGCUAUGAAAAUCCACCGUACCGACCAAUCGAAUUAUGGGAAGUAAGAGGAAAAGAUUAUAAUCGGAGAAUUGAUAUGGGUUUCGAAAUUAAGUUGGAACAUUUGUAAGUUGUGAACAAAUAAGUCGAAAUUAAUAGGGAUUUUCAAUAAAAAAUUGGAGCAAAAAUGUUCAUCUCACAAAUGAUAAAGUUAUGGAAAUGUCAUUUUUUAAUGAAAAAAAAAAACGUUUUUUGAAUUCAAAUUUGAAAAUUAUUUUUACAAAACAUUGUGCUCUCACUUGAUAACAAGAAAUUCAUAACACAAAUUCAUUUUUUUAUUUUGCAUUUUUUUCAGAAAAAUGCGUAGAUAUGCGUACAAUUCAUCAAAAUCGACUUCGUUGAAUAAUCAAAAAACCAGAAGUGCAAUUUCAAAUGAUAUUCCAAGCCACCUUCAUAUUCCUGUUGAAAUGAAUGGUAUAAUUAAUUAUGAAAUCGAUAUGAAAAUGGGCAAUGAUUUGAAAAACUUGUGCCCAACAAUGAUUGAUGAACUAUCAAGAACAAUAUGGAAAAUAUUCAAUAAGAAAAGACAAUCUAUUUCGAGAUUGGAAGACAAAUUAGAAGCACAAGAUCAAUUUCAAAGUCUUCUACGUUCGUUUUUUCAAUAUGAAAUUGUGCCUAUUCUUGCCAUUGGAUCAACCGUUUAUGGAUCAGCAUUGAAACACUCAAAAAUGGAUUUGAUGUUAACAAAAGCUACCUUUUCUACUUCUGAAGAGUGAGUUUGACUCCUAAAAUUUAAUAUUUCAUCAGAUUAUUUCAGAGAAGUCAUUGAAGUUUUGGAAAUGAUAAAAAAUGCAUGGAAAACAAGAUUGGACUUUCAAGAAUUAAUCAAUAAACCUCAUUUGGUUAGAGGAGAAGAACCGAGUCUGAAUUUUGUCUUCAGAGGAAAAUAUUCUGGAAUUGAGUGUAACUUAAUUAUUAAUAAUUUGGAUAGUUUCAAAGAUUCUUGUUUAUUCACUUUAUAUUCGAUGUAAGUUCAUAAAUCAAUUUUGUAAACAAAUCAAAUUUCCGAAAACAAAUAACUAUAAUUUCAGGGUUGAUGUUCGUUUUUCCGUUCUGACAAUUAUUGUGAAAGUAUGGGCGGAAGAAUAUAAACUCAUGGAUUCGAAGAACCAUUUUCUGAGCGGCUACACAUUAAUGUUAAUGGUGACGCAUUUUUUGCAAUCUGGAACAUAUCCUCAGCUUUUGCCAAAUUUACAAGGAAUGUUUCCUGAAACAUUUACGACUGACGCAUCUGUGCAAAAAUUAUAUCAUUUACCCGGAAUGGAACAAUUAUUGGAAACCCGCCAAAAAAAUAAUUGUUCGAUUGGAGAGCUAUUGAUUCAAUUUUUUGUGUAUUAUUCACAUUUUGAUUUUGCAAAUUAUGAAAUAGAUUGCAAGAAUUGCAGAUCGAGCCGGAGGUUUGUUUUUAGAAUAUUUUUUUCAUAAUUCUUACAUCGAUUCUUUAGAUCUUCCACCAAUACACCAACAGCUUUGAGUGUCCUCGAUCCGAUCACUUCUAAAAAUACUGCAAAGUAAGAAAGUUAUUAGUUUUUUUCAAUUUCUUAUUUUCUAUUCUUAUUUUCAGGAAUGUCGGACACGAACAAUUGGCGGAAAUCGUUGCAAGAAUUCAAACAGCGAAGAGAAGAAUCCGUAGUCCAUCAUUCAGAUUGAAAGACAUUCGAGUCCAUGCUUGA